GUCAGAUGCCUUGACGUCGUCGCGCCGUUGUCGCGCGCCAUCAGCGAAAUUCCAGCCAGGCAGUGAGCAGCAACGGUCAUCUGCAACGCUCACCCAUCCCACGGGCCGCGACACAAGAGAAUGUCUGGUAACCCGUGACCGUCUCUUGGCUCGUCGCGCACCGCAACAUGCCAACUCCUUGCCUCCAAAACGCGGGCACCAGAUUUCUACUAUCGUACUCAAUAGUGAAUAAAUCCCGACGCGGGUCAUCCGCCCCAGCGCCGCUCCUCGUCGCUCCCAGCCAGCGCACCACCCGAACGUCACCCCCAACGUAUAGCUCCUGCUCGCCUCGCCCCCAGACUCGGGUUAUGCGCGCUGCGGGCUCGGCGCCUGCAAGCGCCGCAGCGCACGAGCCUGGUCAAGCCAGUCCAUCCCGUCUCUCGGGGAAAGAUCGAAGCGCAAACGGCCGACGGAGGCUUGGCUGCUUCUUCGGAGACGCAAACGUGCUGCUGCGCAUCCCCUUCUCACCCUGCUCGGAUCUCGAAGCUCCUCGAAACGUUUCCAAAUUAGGUACGCGUCCACAGCACCGUUUCCCGCGCCCCGCGUCCCCGCAAUCCCUGCCCCGCGGCGCCCGUGAGGAAUGGGCCCAGAGCGCAGCACCUCCCCCGCCCCGAUGCUGGUCGGACGGGCGACGUUCGUCAUGGCUAGAGGCCGUGUCGCUCCCCAGCUCCGAUACCCACUCACGAUACGAGCCCGCAGCGGGGCGGUGGAGGGCGGCGAGCAGGCUCAGACGCGCCCCAGGGGGAAAACAAGGGGAAGGCGCGCGGCAAUCGAGCGGAAGAAUUCCAAAAUGAAGAACGAAUCAAAAACAGCGGAAACCACCGUUGCCGAUAUC